GUUAAUUGCCAGCUCCGGACUUCAAACGAACAACUUGAUAACUUUCUUGUUCAGUUCCGCUUCCGACAAUCUAUGCACGAGCUUCGCUGCUUACUGCCGCAAUUCGAUGCCUGGAACCGGAGUUUGAGUAUCCGUCGGAAUCUCGAGUCUAUCAGGUGAUACGGCUCUCUCUUCCUCGAGAAAUUGUCUUGUUUGAUUCGCUCCUAGGGUUUGUUAGAAUAGUCGAAUCUAGGGUUAGGGUUUUAGGGUUUUGUUAGAUUUAGAGUCCGCGAGAUGAAAGGAAGGUCACACCACGAGGAUUGGGUCGAUGGAUCUUGGACUGUGGAUUGCGUCUGCGGUGUGAAUUUCGAUGAUGGAGAAGAGAUGGUCAACUGCGAUGAUUGCGGGGUUUGGGUUCAUACUCGCUGCUCUCGUUACGUCAAAGGAGAGGAGCUUUUCACUUGCGACAAGUGUAAGAGAAAGAAGAACGUUGAUGAUGAAGAUAUCGAAGAGACCGAGGUUGCUCAGUUGUUGGUUGAGCUGCCCACCAAGACCUUGAGGAUGGAGAGCUCGUGUACUCGGAAUGUGCCUGUUAAGCGUCCUUUUAGGUUAUGGACUGAGAUCCCGACGGAAGAGAAGGUUCAUGUGCAAGGGAUCCCGGGUGGUGAUCCGGCCUUCUUUGGAGGUUUGUCGUCGGUUUUCUCACGGGAGCUGUGGAAGUGUACUGGUUAUGUGCCUAAGAAGUUUAACUUCAAGUAUAGAGAGUUUCCAUGCUGGGAUGAGGAUGAGUGUCAGGAAGAAAACGGCGCUGGGGUGUUGUUUUCUAUGUCGAAGGAGAGUUUGAUCGCUGCUCCUGCGAGUGCUUUGGUUGCAAUGAGGAGUGUUGAUGAUAAAGGAACCACAAAAGACCUGGACUCUGGGGAAGCUGAGAUGAAACAUUCUCAGAGUGCUGUGGACAAGGAUAAGAGGUUGCUUCGUCCCUUGAUAACGAGUAAGCGAAGAAAAGAACUGUUUGGAGCUUCUAAAGAGCGGAUGAAGAAGAAGGUCGAAGUUGCUGACAAAGAAGAGGAUGAUGAUAAGAAAGCAGUUCGACCAGCAAGUGGUUUUAACCCAUCAGAAACAGAAGGUUUAAGUAGAGACUGUGGGACCGCAAAGAAUGAUAAGUCAAAGAAAGCUGCGUUUGAAGAAUCUAUUGAUGGUGGGCUUGGCGAGGGUGAAUCUGGUAAUACAGAAAUUGGUGUUGAAUGCUCCAAAGAACAGAAUCUUUCUGACGUUCAUGCUAAUGGUGCUGGAAAACAGGAAGAGAAAGCUGGCCAUCAUUUCCGAAUUGUGCUCAAGAGCUCGGCUACUGAAGAUCCUUCCGUCCCAGCAAGAAAAGAUGUUACACACAAUGAAGCUGAUAAGGCAGAGGAGAGGCAAGGUACAAUAGAUGAUACGCCAGGAGAUAAUGCAGUUGAUUCGCCUGAAAGUUCCCAGAAGCCUUCUUCUGCUUCUACACGAGAAGCUGAAGAGAAAAAUUGUGAUGCUGUCAGUGGUAAAAUCAGUUCAAGGAAGAACCAAGUCCAAAAAGAAAUUGGGGAGACUGGUGCUGGUGGAGCUGUAGGGCAGCAGACUCUGGAGUAUAACAAAACGACACAGAGCAGUUCACUUCCUCCUCCUGAUGAGCAGAAACCGCACCCUGUUGAUAUGAUAUCAGAAAGAACUACUGACUUAAAACGAGAGGUGUUGGUUUCGGAAGCAGAGAAAAAUAGUCUGGAAACAAAGCCCGGAUCUGGUGCACUUGAAGAGCCAUCAAAGCCAUGCAGACCUGUUCCGCACACGUUUUCAGUAUAUAGCAGGCCUAAGAUGGUAGUCAGCAUUGGGAAAUCAUCGUCUAGUUCAGCCACGGAAAAGUCACCUAAGCCCUCCUCUACUUCCAGGAACUCUAUACCUCCCUCCAAGCAACAACCAAGUGACGGUGAUGAAAACGCUAAUACUAAUGAUGAGGACUGUGUUUCCAGUGAUGCGAUCCGAGAGAGAGAUGGGGAUGAUGAGAAAUCUCUGAAAGAACAUACUAAAUCGAUGCAGCAGAGCCGCGCUUCAGUUUCCAAGACAAGAGACUCUUCCUCUUCCCUAAAGGCAUCUUCAGUAGCUCGGCUUAAUGGUGGCUCUUCUGAGGCUUCUGGUAAACAUUCGCUUUCAGGGACCUUCCAGAAACACGACCCUAUGCAGUCUAUAACCGAUGAAGAGGUACGUGAGAGAUGUUGUUAUCCAUUCGCUUUUUUUUCCUAUCUUUCAUCUUCCCUCGGUUUUGACAUUUGUUUCAUUAAUGACCAGCUUGCGUUAAGACUGCACCAUCAACUCAACAGUUCUCCACGAGUUCCUCGUGUCCCACGCAUGAGACAGCCCGGUAGCUUACCCCUGUCUCCCACCGCUACUAGUUUUAAGCGCACCUGUAGUUCCGGUAGCAAGGAUCACACAACGUUUUCCAGAAGGAAAAACAAGGACGCAUCCAAAGAAGGGUUACGAAAAUCUCGUGACGAUGAUAGAUGUAGCACGAGGAGUACCAAAUCGCGGCGCCCUCCUGAUUGGAGAACAACACAUCAAGACAGUGGAAGCAGAGGAGGGGAAGAAAAGGAAAACCGAAAAACAUCCUACUCUUCCCGGAGGGUACUUGUCCAGCCAAACUCGACUACAAGCUCAAGCAGCGGAGCGUCUUCAUCCAACGAGCAUAAUAAGCCUUCUCCACACAGUUCCCCCAGGAAUAAUGGUACUCCUGUUCAUCAAACUUUGCCUGGCUUAAUCAAUGAGAUUAUGAGUAAAGGCAAGAGGAUGACAUAUGAAGAGCUCUGUAACGCAGUCUUGCCGCACUGGCCUCACUUGAGAAAACACAAUGGAGAGCGAUAUGCAUAUUCAAGCCAUUCACAAGCUGUUCUUGAUUGCCUGAGGAACAGGCAUGAAUGGGCUCGUCUGGUUGAUCGUGGCCCCAAGACUAACUCAGGGAAAAAGAAACGGAAGCUUGAUGCAGCAGAGGACGAGGAGUCAGAUGAGAACGAAAGCAGCAAGGGAGGAAAGAAGCAGCUGCAUCACUCUCAAGGAGAAGACUUUCCUAAAGGGAAAAGGAAAGCAAGAAAACGAAGAAGGCUCUCUCUUCAGGGCAAGGGCAUAAAAGCGUUACUAAAGAAGCGAAAUGAACAAGUGAGCGAAGAAGACGAGGAAGGUGCGUCGUCGUCGGAUACAAGUGAAGAGAGUGUAUUCUGCGAAGAAGAAGAGGCCCCCACUGCUAGUGCUAGACAAGUCUCUGCUAGUAGCUCCGAGGAAGCUGAAUCCACUUCAUGACUCUUCUCUCUAUGUAACAUAGAAGUAUAUAUCUAUGCAUUAUGUAGCUUUGUGUAUUUACCAAAAACUUCUCUUGUGUGGAUCAGAGGUUUGUAGAGAACUCAGAGCAUCUCUCUUUUCUCGACCGACGAAACAAUAAACAUAUGCUUUUUAGAGAAUGAGAACGUGAUUUUCUGGCUGUA